GCAUUUUAGAGUCGCAAAGUAGACGGCAGCGGAAACUUUUACAACAAUGGGUUGCUCGCGAAACUUUCCUCGAGGUAAAAUCGAGCAAAGUAUUUCGAUUUGCUCGGACAAAAUAGUGCUUUCUGAAUGGCAUUCAUCACGUUAAUUUUGAUCAAUAGCAGAGUUUUCACCCAAUAGGUUUUAAUUAUCUCUUGCAGUUGGCCUAAGUGACGCAUACUAUGCGGAUUUCUGGUUGGCUGUAUUCGCCGAGUACUUGGCAACUUUCUUCUUCAUGUUUGCAGUUUCGGGUUCCUCAUUGAGAUGGGAAGGCGCACCUACUAUUUUUCAACAAGCUCUCGUCGCCGGGUUUGUCACAGCUUCAAUGAUUCAGGCUCUCAGAUCUGUGAGUUUGCCUCUUGUACAUGCAAAUCCAGUUGUGUCACUUGCUGCUUUCAUGAACGGAGAUGCUGGUUUCAUACAAAUGAUUUGCUCCGUUUUGGCGCAGUUUUUCGGAGGUAAUUCAACAUUUAUCGCGUUCUUUAAUCCUUAGCGCAAAUCAGUUUGUUGAUAAGCCCAGGCAGUUCAUCAACAAAUUCACCUUGUUUGGGUUGUUCAUAGUGGGGUAUCAAAAUUUGGGAGAAUCGCUUGACCUCUAAAAUGCAGUACUUUUGAUUUUCAAGGUGUAACUUAAAUAUGCACUCUUUAAACUGGAAUUAACUGCUUAUACAAACUUACCGUAAAUUUUAAGUUAAGCACGAAAACAUUCAGAUACUUAGAUCAAAUGAACUUGCCUCUUCUAACGACCAUGGCAUGUUAAGUAUAUACCAUGUAUCCGGCUGAUUGACAUUUUGUACAAAAAUUCGAUCUUUACUGAGAGCGAAAUUUACCAAACAUCGCUGCAACUCUCUGUCUUGUUGGUCGCAUAAUUUCAAUUUACUAUCUUUACUUAGUUCGUAUAGUGUGAUCGUCCGGGUGAGUGUAGUUCUGAAAAGAACUGUUGCUGGUGACUGACGUUUCGACAACCUGUGCGGAAGUCAUCUUCAGAGUCAAGUGGAGUCAAAUGACUCUGAAGAUGACUUCCGCACAGGUUGUCGAAACGUCAGUCACCAACAACAGUUCUUUUAGAACUACACUCACCCGGACGAUCACACUAUACGAACUACUGAUACUCCUGGGUUCAAACCAUUUACUUUACUAUCUUUACAUAGGUACCACUUCGCGUGGAUGACACGAAACUCGUUUUCGUUGAUGAAAUAUUCUUAAAUUAGCCGAAUUAUAAGAAACCAAUCUGACUGAAAAAGAAAAAAUAACAGAAAUCUCGCUCAAACAAUUUAUUUCUAAACCAAACAAGGAUAAUAAUAUGAUAAUAAUUUUCAAGGUUUUGGAGUGUUUCAGCGUGGUUUUAUCGCAAUCCAUAAAUUUGUCACUGGCUUUAACCUUUAAGGCUGCAAUGGUGACAUUUUGUAUCUUAGUAUUUAUUCAUAUAUUUAUUUACCUAUUUAUAUACUAUUUAUGACCCAUAGCCAUAACUGGAACUGGUGUCGUGAUGGCAAUAAGCCCUCAACACGCCCGAGGGAAGCUGGGGGCGACUAUACCGGCAAAAGAAGUGAGUGGUUUCCAGUCCUUCGGCAUGGAGUUGGUUCUGACGUUACUACUGGUACUGACUAUGCUGGCUUCCAUUGAUGCCAAUAAACACGCAGCUCGCAGGGAUUAUGGGACUGCUGCCGCCAUGGGCGUGGUCGUCACGGGCUGUUAUCUCAUUGCGGUAGGGUUCUAUCGCGAACGGAUUGUAUUGUCCUUUAUUCAACAUCACUUUGUCAUUGACCGAAAGACUCGCUUCACGCUCGAUACAAAUAAGAUUGAAAAUUAGAACCCUUUUCGAUUUGCUUACUUGCGUUUUCUUAUUCUUAAGGCUUUUUUUAAUUUUUUUUUCUCCGAUUGUGAUAUGAUAUUGGCUACAUAUGAAAUCAAACAUACAUCACUUGAAUAGCAAGCAAAAAUUUCUACACAAUUUACGAUAUUUUUCCCUUGUCCUUAGCUACCGCUGACCGGUUGUGGACUAAAUCCCGCAAGAUCCUUGGCUCCUGCUAUUUUCACAAACUCUUGGGAACACCAUUGGGUAAGUACGCUUUCAUUUACUUUGAAAAGGACCUUCCUACAUCCAUUCGGAGGAGAAGAGGUCAGAUGGUCAUAUCUAGGUUAGAAUCUAAACUGGGUCUUUGUACAGCGUUUUUAGGGGGAAAACUUGUUGAAUAAAUUCCAUGUUGCCAUGCGUCUGUUGAUGAGUGACUGCUAGAUGACGUCUGAAAUGAAGUAAGAACAAACAGGCAGCCUACGAUGCGCAGCCGAGUGUGUCACUGAUGUUCUCAUCAAAUAUGAAAUUUCUGUAAUAUAUUACACGACAGACGCACGGAAAAACGAAGUCUAUUUGUUUUAUAUGAUAAGAAGGCAGGAUUUUGUCAAUGGUAACGCCAUCUGUGCGUCUGUCCUCUAAAAAAUCAUAAGUAAGAACAAAUCAAAAUGCCUGCGUAGUACAGGCGACCAUAUACAAGACUUUACUCACCCAGCUUUUUUUUUUCGUUUCUAGGUUUACUGGGUAGGGCCAAUCUUAGGCUCUCUGUUGGCAACGUUUCUCCAUUGUCUCUUGUUUAGGAGACGUGAGUAUAAUCGACAAUCGCCAACUCCUCAGGAUGAAAACGAGUACGACGAUGUUUUAUCAUCUUAAACUGUAAAAAUCUUUUUGAUCAUCCAACUCCUACGUAGCACAGCUAUUUCGGAGUCCUAUAAAUAACCGCAAACUUAUUUUUGUUCUUGAUGAGACUAUGUUGGCAGUAUAUAUCUUGCGUCUUAUAACAUAAAGUUGAUAACCGACAUAUCCUGGUUCGCUA